CUCACGACACAAGAAAAACCAACAAAUAAGUAGAGGAGAACCAAUAUAUCUUAUCUGAUGGCAGAAGACAACGGUUUUUUUUUCAAACUCAAGUCUUGUCAACUACUCGGAGUACAUCCUCACUUUCUCAGUUCUAAACAUCAAACUUAAUCACUUCCAUAACAUUGAGAAAAAAAACAUGAAUGGCAUUUCCCAAAUUCAUCCAUUAACAAAAACACCAAAUGUACUGCAAAAUCUGAAACACCAUUCCAGAAAUCUCUCAUUUUUAUCAUCUCAAACUUUUGCUGUCAAAUUUCGCAAUUCCUAUUAUUCAAACCUCAAUAAAUCACCAUUUGCCACCACAAUUUCCGCCAUUUCCACCGCUCACCAAGCUAGGGUUCCUCCCGCACUUCCAUUGCCGCCUCCUCCGAUCACCAAGUUCAAGAUUGCUCUUUGCCAGUUGUCAGUUACAUCUGACAAAUUGAGGAAUAUAUCACAUGCUCGUGAAGCAAUUGAGGAGGCUGCAAACAAGGGUGCUCAGCUUGUUCUUCUGCCUGAAAUAUGGAACAGUCCCUAUUCAAACGACAGCUUUCCAGUUUAUGCUGAAGAUAUUGAAUUAGGUGGUGAUGCAUCUCCCUCCACAGCAAUGCUUUCUGAAGUUUCUCAAAACCUUAAAAUUACAAUAGUUGGUGGUUCCAUACCGGAGAGAAGAGGUGAUCGGCUUUAUAACACAUGCUGUGUUUUUGGGACUGAUGGGAAGCUAAAAGCUAAACACAGGAAGAUACAUCUUUUUGACAUUGACAUUCCAGGGAAGAUGACUUUUAAAGAAUCAAAGACACUUACCGCUGGAGAGAAUCCUACCAUAGUUGACACAGAUGUUGGGCGCAUCGGCAUUGGUAUCUGUUAUGAUAUCCGCUUUCAAGAAUUAGCGGCAAUUUAUGCAGCAAGAGGUGCUCAUUUGCUCUGCUAUCCUGGGGCAUUUAAUAUGACCACUGGUCCAUUACAUUGGGAGCUUCUACAGAGAGCUAGGGCAGCAGAUAAUCAGUUGUAUGUAGCAACAUGUGCACCAGCUCGUGAUACUGAGUCAGGGUAUGUGGCAUGGGGACACUCUACCUUGGUUGGACCUUUCGGGGAAGUGCUUGCAACAACUGAUCAUGAUGAGACAACUGUUAUAGCAGAAAUCGACUACUCGCUGGUUGAGCAAAGGAGGGCAUAUCUACCCAUCAUCAACCAAAGGAGAGGUGACUUAUACCAAUUAGUUGAUGUUCAGAGGCUGCACGCCGAGUCUACCAAGUAACAGCACAGCAAACCGUCAUCAGCUAGAAGCAGUAUAUCUGCAAAUGCCGAGCUACCAAAUCAACAAUAAUCAAUCUUUAAUUCAUGCGUGGUGUCAACUCUGAUACAGCAUAUUGGAAGAGCCCAUCUCUUAAUGUUUUCCAAUUAUGAUGACUAGAUAAGGUUUUGUUGGUGAGAUGACCAUCCCAGUUCCCUAAAGAUUUUGAUUUCCUUCCUCUUGUGAAGAAUGAUAGCAUAAUAUUUUUUUUUUGUAAUUUUUUUUUCUACGUACUCUUGACUCGACGAAUUUGGAAUCUAGCAGUAUGGUACAACUCAUUAAUACAGAAAAUUUGCUCUACAGAAAAUUUGCUCAUCAGUGCCAGUAUAUUCCAAUAAUAGUAGUGUCAUUAGUGGAGUUAACUUGUGGGCUCUAAAUGAGCUGUAGUCUAUAAAUGGAUUGUAUUAAUACUGUAAUACAUUAGUGUUCUUGGCCCAUGAGUGUACCUGUUAUUAAUGGACAUUUAUUUAAGCUGGUUUAAGGAUAUUGCUCAUUUCAGUACGUUUUUGUUCUUUUCAGGUUAUAGCCUUUUUUUGUUAGCUGUAAUAAUUUAAAUAACAAUACAUUUCAGUAGACCCGACCAGAAAAAUUACCAUAAGAGAGUACUCAGAACCUCCAUUUCUCACAGCAUUGGACGGAAUUAUAAUCUCGGUUCAUAGGUACCACCAAGACAUUAUCAAAAGCUAGUAGCUUCUACGAGAGACUCGCGAAUUGAUAAUUUCUUUUUAUUUUUCAAAUUAGUAGUUGUACUCCGAGAACUCUAUUUGAUUGUAAACUCGUUAUACAUAAGUCUUGUUGAAUUGUGUUUGACUAAUAUCUUCAUGCUCAAACCAUCACAAGGUCUCCCCAUGUCUUGCUUGGAUUUGAAUACGAUGUAUAAUUUGAAAUUGUAUUGAUAAGUUAUAUUUUAGUCAUUUGGCUUGCUCUAAGAGUAGUGUGAUAAGAAAUUUUUAAUCAUUGCUAUUUGACUCAAACCUAUUCAUAAAAGUUAAAAGUUAAUGUAUCUCUAAUUGGUUGUUGAUAGUAAUGAUAAAGAAAAAAAAAAACAUUAUAGUUACUUUGUCAAUACAUUUUGCUAAUCUUAAAUUUAUCUUUUUAAACAGUGGCAUUUUUUAGGGCACUUUACUAGGUCAAUGAAGCAUUUGUAAACAAUGCAUCUUUGAAUUGACACAAAAUUUAAACAAAGAUUAUAGAAAUGACAAAUUUAUCAGAAUUAUUAUACACCGAUAACUCAACUCUUCAUUUUUACCGUUGUUUUAACUAUUUUAAUUAAUCAUUUUUAAAAUCCUUUCUUUAAGUCUAUCAACAAGACACAUUGUGAUUAUUUACAAAAAUGUGGAAGUAAUGUUUUUGUUGACAGGAUUAGUUUGUAAUUAAGUAAAUUAGUGGCUUGCCAUGUGCAACGUGAAAAAGUCAGCUUAAAUUACAAUCACAACCAAACAAUUACUGUAGAAACUUACCUAACAUUGGAGUAUUGGACCAUCCAUAUAUAGAGCCUAAGGGUCCGCGUAAUCACCCCACCCAACCCAAUAAAAAAACUUCUACGUGUGUUGGUUGGGACACUAUACAACUAGGUUGUUUUUGGCAACACUGUACAACCAGUGAUCACCGAACUUAUACUUAAAUUAAUGUUUACUCCGUUAUUAAUAGGGAGUGAGUGAAUAGUGUUAAAAGUCCAAUUAUUAUAACUUUAGGGAAAAAGAAAAGGGAUCAUACAUAAGUUAUCAUUGCUCAAUUAUCAAACUCCCUACUACAUAUAUCGAUCUCUAAUGUGAGUUCAUAUGAUAUUCUAAAUUUAAGUUAAGAGUUAAAACUUUGAAUUUAUAACUUAUGUUUUUGUGUAGGUUUAGAUGAAUUAUACAUACGUGAAAAACAAUUAAGAGUUUCACAUAUACAUAUGGAGUCUCAAAAUUAAAGUUGUAUUUGGAGUAAAUAUAUACCUACACUCUUAUCAAAUUUAAAAGAUAAGACAAAUGUAUACGUGUGCAUUCACUUACAUGUAUUGAUACACAAACAACUUAAGCUAGAUAUGUUUUCUAUGAUAUUACAGUUCUAAAGAGAACUAUACAACAUUGGACAGUAUCCUUUUCGUAUUUUUUAUUAAAAAAUAUGAGUACCUUAUAAUACUUGUGGUCGCUAUUAUUUGCAACUUUGGAAUAUUUUAUAUCUCACAAAUAAUGUCCCAAAGUUGCAAAUAAUAGCGACCAAAGGUAGUACAAGAUAAGUAAUGAUCUCUAAUCAUCAAUCUGUGACAUGCAAGCUUUCCACUUCUUUGUCUAUAAAAGUUCUUCGUAUAUUGACUAUUCACAAUUUUCUAUAUGUAAAUCCUUAACCAUUAAAAUCUCUAAUCUCUAAUUACUUAGUAGUAAAUAAUCAUAAAAAUUUAUUAAUCUUAAAACACUUGUUGAGAUAAGACCACAGGGUCUAUUUUUUAUUUUUAUUUUUUCUUAUAUAAUGUAGUAUUGGUGAUAAACAACCAAAUUUAAAUAAUUGUAAGAUUCUAAUGACUUAGAGAGUACUCCGUAUAAUUUUUAUAGACAAAGGAAGUAUAUUAAGAUUCUCUUCUUUGUUUAAAAUGAUCUCAAAUUAAAUAUAGUUUAGAAGCAGAAAAAAUAUCCAUUGUUGAUUAGCUAGUCCUUUGCUUCCUUUUUAUUGCAAUGUUGCUAGUACAAUUAUUUCCUCAGUUGAAAUCAACAAAUUUGAAAAAAAAAAAACUAUACAUUAUUCCAUUAAAACAUCCAAAAUAAAAAAGCAUUACCACUUUGACUGUCAAUGAUUUAGGUUGAUUUUAUCACCAAUCAAAUAGUCAAGGAAUAUGAAUACUGUAUAUAUUUUGAUAAAACAAAAAAAUAAAUUUGGCUUAUUAUAUGAAUAUCAACAUCCAACAAAUUUUCAAGCACAUAA